GUUUGACCUUCUAAAACAGUCUCCAUCGCCGGCCGGGAUGGUCGCCUCGUCGGCGUAGACGCGAUCCUUGAUCUACAGUCCUCAUCUCGCGCUCGAUUUGAUCGAAAUGAGUAGUCUUGUGGCAACUUGAACGGAGAUUGGGGACUCAAUCGUAGAGCAGAAUGCGGAAAACUGCAACGUUACUCGUUGCUCAGACUUGAAGUGGCAGAUUGCGGCUGUCGGCGGCGGCGGCGUUUAGCUUGUGAAAGACGUCGCCAUCGCCCGCCAAACACUUGCUCGAAAAAUCUCAUCUUGAUUUUCAAUCGAGGAGAAGCAGAAUACGGCGGAGGACGGCGACGACGCCACGAGAUCUGCUCGGUUGACCUACUUUUCCUCUUUUGGCAUGCGCACGCAAGGUGUUCGAUGAAUUGCCCGUGACGGCAGGAGAUCACAAAUUCUACACUCUUCAAGGCAGGAAUGCGUGCUGUGGAAGAAGACUCCAAAGCCAUUCAAUCCUAUGAAUCUACAUACAUAACCCCAUUGUUUCAUCGAGAAGCAAACAUACAUGGCAGAGCUGCAGUUGCAAAGGAGGAGGAGGACGACGACGACGGAGACCGGAGUCACCUUAGCAUGAAGUGGCUCUCUGUUUCUGUUGGUAAGAGUGAUUCACUUCAACCAACUAGAAGAAGAAACAAUCACUCUCAACGCAAACGCAAGGCUCUGCUAAUUGUUCCUUGCUAAUGAUAGAAUUGGGUGUGAAUGUAAAACGAUCCGCUCGAGAUCUCACUUUUAUCGGUGUAGAGAGUGAAACUGUGUUUGUUCUCCUUGGACAUCUUCCAGGAUAUAUGCAAGAUAAGAUUGAAACAUUCAUAAAUGAAGUGAGGCAAGAGAUUUGCAUCAGUGGUGUAGGAGACAAAGCAUCCUUGGAUAUGGCGAUCGGAGGAAGACUACGGUUGAAGAACGAGCUCGAGACCAAUUCUUUCGAAAAGGUAUUUGGUAUCCCCAACGGUGUGGCAUUGGAUCAGAUUGAGGUUUGUUUCGAUGAAGAGGAUGCCAUCCUAAUGAUUUUGAUGCCCAAAUCCAUCAACAUGGAAGGUGAAGUCCAUGAAAGAGCUAGUGGCAAAGUUGAUGAAGGUGAAUUAAACCGAAAUGGGUUAGAGACCGACACUCAUCGAAAAGAAGAUGAAGAAACUAAACAUGAAGAAGUGGAUGAGUCAAACAAGAAAUUUGAUCUACCCCAAAGGCCCUCUAUCGAGAUUGAAGCUCCAAAUAUCAGGGAACAAUUGCCUCCUUCAUUUGGUGUCAAAGCGAAUGGUAGUGGCAAAGUUGAUGAAGAUGAAGUAAACCGAAAUGGGUCAGAGGCCGACACUCAUCGAGAAGAAGAUGAAGAAAUGAAAAAUGAAGAAGUUGAUGAGUCGAACAAGAAAUUUGAUCUACCCCAACGGCCCUUGGUCGAGAUUGAAGCUUCAAGUAUCGGAGAACAGUUGCCCCCUUCAUUUGGUGUCGAACCGAAAGGAGAACAACAACAAAUCGAGGAGGAAAAGCACAAUGGCCAACCGUUAAAAGAAGACGAAAGUCCAAGAACUUCUGAAGUAAAUCAAGCUCUCAACCAACCCAAGAUAUCCCCAAAUACCGAAAAGCAACAAGAAGAUAAGAAAGGUGGUGUGGGUAAAUCACAUGAAUUAGACAAUAAGCUAAUAGAUGAAAAGGUUCUCCCGCAACAACUUAACAAAGAACUUGAGAUGGGCAAUAAGGAUAAAUUGCCAAUGAAGGAAGUGACGGGUGAAGUCGAUCAAAGAGAGACUCGAAAAGUCGACAAGGAAAGGGAAGCUUCCGAAGUAAACCAAACUCUAGGCCACCCCAAGAUACACCAACAUAUAGAUAAAGAACACCAAGAAGAGCAAGAGAAACAUGACGAUAAGAAAAGAGAUGUGGCCGAAGAGCAAAUUCGUGUACUCCCACGACAACGUAUCCAAGAACUUGAGACGAUCAAGAAGGAUGAAUUGUCGACGAAAGAAAUGAAGGGUAAAAGAAGGAGAAAGGAGCAGAGAGGACUUGGUGUGCCACCACCAUCUUUAGUAGUAUCGGCUUUUCUCUUAUCUCUAGCGGCAUUGGUCAUCAAACUAGUGAGGAAUCAAAAGCGAACUUAGACUACUUCGAUGCCUUGUAAUGUUUUAUACGAACACUAAUGCAUUCAUAGAUAAGGAGUUGAAUUUGAUUCCUAUUUCAGGAGAUAAUGUGCACUCGAUAAUUAGAGAUGUGUGUUGAGGACGCUUAGGAGGAGUUGUUAACUGACAAUUUCACCU